UAGCAGCUGUGUUUCUUCAGUUUUUCGACUGUAGAGGCGCUCGGCGGGGAAAUAUGAUGGAUACCUAAGAAUCUAUUGCGAUGUUUUCCUUGGACCGAACGAAAUAAAAUAUCAUAAAAAAAUAGUCGUGGGGGAAAAGGAAUAUCGAACAAAGCCCUCGCGUAGUUCGUAAUGUGACUCUGUGAAAAUGGAUACCGUUCUGUGUUAUUGUUGAUGUUUACUCAGGGGUCAACGGGAUAUCGAAAGAUAAUCGUCGAGAAAAAUAUAGUGACGGUUAAUCACGAUCGUGGCAUCGACAAUGAAACGUUGUGAAAAACUCUGCCGGUUAUUCAACGCAUCGAAAUAUUUAAUGCGUGAUACGAUAUUAUAAGAGCAGGGCAAGAGGACAAUCUGUUUGUUGUUUGGUCCGUUGGUAAACCCCCACCACCGCUCUACACGAGUUUCAUAAUUUUGUGAUGUGACUCGAGACGAUAGUAGCAGCGAAGGAAGUGCCGCUUGAAGCGAGGGAAAACGAUGUUUAUUAUAUCAGUCGGGCAAUCGUCUAGGUGACGUAUAAGUAGGACCAAAAGACCGAGGAUGUAUCAGUCUACUCGAAAACGUCGUUGGCGGAGCGGUCAUUUUCGUCGGGCGCUGCGAUCCGAUUCAACGAAAAUUCUGUCCUCGUAUAUUUUCGUGUAGCAAACAUUGUUUUUAACUCAUUGAUUGAAUAUUGGAAGAGAGAAUGGUAGAUUCGGUUUUUCAUACCCGUUCCCUGGGGGCCGCUGCCGAAGGUGUCAGAGACCAAUACGCCGAUGGGAAAGCUGCCAAAGUUUGGGAAGUUUUUAUCGGUGACAAGAAUCAACGAACGAAAAAUUACAAAGACUUUCUCGUCGGACUGCUGCGGGAAAAAGGUUGCCGCAAAAUUUUGGACGUUGCUUGCGGAACGGGAGUGGAUUCCGUUUUACUUCUGGAAGAAGGUUUCGACGUUGUCAGUGUCGAUGCUUCCGACAAAAUGCUCAAGUACGCUCUCAAAUCUCGAUGGGAGAGACGCAAAGAACCGGCCUUCGAUAAUUGGGUGAUCGAAGAAGCGAAUUGGUUGACUUUACCCGAGGACAUAGGGCACUUGUCGGACGGUGGUUUCGACGCUGUCAUCUGCUUGGGCAACAGCUUUGCUCACAUGCCAGACUCCUUCGGUGACCAGAGAGAACAAAGGCAAGCCCUGGCGAAUUUCGCGCGGUGUGUCAAACCGGGUGGUUUGUUUUUGAUCGACCACAGGAAUUACGAUUACAUGAUGAAGACUGGCUACACCCCACCAAAAUGCAUUUAUUACAACAGCGAGCACAUGAUAGAUAUAAAGACGUCGGUGCUCUACGUCUGCGGAAAGCCAGCGAUAGUGACCCUCGACUAUCUCAUUUCAUUGGAGCCGGACAAGAGCACGAGCGAUCCCGAAAACACGAGCGAGUUCCGGCUCUCGUAUUAUCCUCACAAACUCGACGUGUUUCGGGACAUGCUCGACGAGAUUUUCACCAAGUCGAAGAGGCACACGAUCUACGGCGACUUCAAGCCUCUCGACGAGGUCGAAAACCCAGGAUUUUACAUUCACGUGAUCGAGAGCAAGGUCUAGGCCGAGGAGUCAUUCGUCGUUCGUGCAUUUCAAAGAGCCUCUUCUGGAGGAGGAGUCCAAAUCUGGAAUUUCAGCUCGCGAGUGCCUCCCCACGCACGCGUUUAUCUCCGACCAACGAAUUCAAAUAAUAUUUUAUCCUCCAGUCAUUUUUAUGAAAAAAAAAAUUCAAUUUUAGCCCGAACGUAAAGGUUUUCUGCAUCUCAGAAUCCCGCUCGCCCGAUAAUUACGUUCUGUUAUUUUCAAUCAACAAAAAUAGUAAGAGUGAAAAAAAUACUGGACGCUGUAUAUUAUAUAUACGUACGAUAACGUACAUACACUUUAUUUUAGAUUAUUUUGUAUAAAUGUUAAAUAUACACGUUUGAAAGCAA